AUGGCUACUGUCACUCGUCAACCAUUUGCUCCCCUUGAUGGGACUCGUCUCCAGACCUUGACAAGUCUCAAGAAUAGGCAAAAUGCUCUGCCAACUGGUGGCAAGCGAAAAGCUGAACUGAUUGAUACCGAUGAUUCUGAAAAUGUCGAUCCUACUUCUUUUGCCAAGCGAUCAAAAGGGUCCAAGGACAAGGACAUUCUAAAGGACAGCAUCCUCAAAGACAGCAUCCUCAAGCCGUCUGCUUUUAUCCUCAAGCCUACACCUGUAUCUGCAUCUCCCAUUCCUAAUCGCCUCACGAGCCCUACCAAGACCCGUCGCACCCUUCAACCUAAAUCACCCGCCAAACUCAGCUCUGGCAUCUCAAAGUCUUCUCCCAUUUAUGCCCCAGCUGGUCGAUCUCCUACCCGAAGCAAGCGAUCUGGUAUCGCAUCUAGCCGACGACGCACUGCUGGCCCCUACACUCGUGUUGAUCCUCCUUCGUUCAGUCUUGGAUCUGCCGCUCCCUUUUCUCUCGAUGCUGCUCUCAAGGGUACUAUUCCUGGCUAUGGCGCCAAGAAGGAACCCAUCACUGCUCUGCAUGAGCCAGACAUGAAGGCUAGCUGGUUCUUUGACAUUCACGAGGACACACCCGAACAAGAGAUGACCAACCUUCUUCAACACAGCACAUGUGUACUAGACAUUUCAUCCGACGAGGAGAGUCAACGGAAGCUCAACAGAGACCGUGCUGAAGGUCGCGAUAAGGAAAAUGUUCCUCCUCCUGAUGACAUUUCUCAAACUCGUCGCGCACCAAAAGCCGAUGACAUGAUUGUUGAGAAAGAGCGUGUCGCAUUAGGAGAAAUGAACACUGCCGACUUUUACCCUGAAGGAUGCGAUGAGACAUCAGUCAUUUUUGUACCUGAAGAUGAGCCAGAGGUGAAUGCGACAGCACCUGCGACUGCGACAGUGGUCGAAAAGCCUAUCGACCCUUCAACAGAAGACAUCGACAGCUUAAUGGCCAAGCCCACAGAAGGUUCAAGCAAGGCCGCAGUUUUGGAACCAAUCGAAGGAACAGGAGAAAGUUUUGAGUUAUGGGAAAGCGGUAGCGCACAUGAUGAAGCUGUAUAG